AUGCCGUGGAAAAAUAACACAGUUAUAUUUGAAUUUAUUCUUCUUGGACUAUCCAGUGAGCCCAGGACACAAGUUAUUAUUUUCUAUGUAUUCCUGCUUGUGUAUUUAAUUAUAUUAAUUGGAAACAUUUCCAUCAUUAUUCUAAUCACGUCUGAUGUUAGCCUACACACACCUAUGUAUUUCUUCCUGUGCAACCUCUCAUUUCUGGAUCUCUGCUAUUCAUCUUCCACUGUGCCGAGGAUGUUGAAAGAUUUGAUGUCAGUAAAGAAAAUUAUCCCUUAUGCUGAGUGUGCAGCACAAAUGUAUAUUUCUCUUUCUUUAGGGGAAACAGAGUGUAUUCUGCUUGUUAUUAUGGCUUACGAUCGUUAUGUAGCUAUAUGUUAUCCACUGCAUUAUACUACUAUCAUGAGUAAAAUGGUUUGUGUGAGACUAGCCAUCGGUACAUGGAUAUGUGGGUUUCUUCUCUCUAUUUCACAUGUUACUCUUACACUCAAUGUAAAUCUUUGCAACAAUAAUGAAAUUAAUAAUUUUUUUUGUGAAGUGCCAGAAAUAUUAUCACUGGGUUGUGAAAACAUUUUGUUUAUUGAAUUUAUUAUUUUUGUUGUUGGUGUGAUCAUUCUUAUGAUACCAAUCACAUUUAUUGUAAUAUCUUAUUCUCAAAUAAUUUUAUGUAUCUUAAAAAUGAAAUCUUCUGCUGGGCAGCGGAAAGCGUUUUCCACAUGUGGAUCUCAUAUGAUGGUUGUGACAAUGUUUUAUGGCUCAGCUAUGGCAGCCUACAUGAAACCUAGGUCAAGCUCUCUACCAGGAACAGACAAAUUCAUUGCUAUAUUUUACGUAAUUAUUACACCAAUGCUGAAUCCAUUGAUUUAUUCUCUUAGGAAUAAUGAUGUAAAAUCAGCCUUUCUAAAAUUAAAAGUUAGAAAUAUCUGCUGCUUUAAAGUUAGGGAAUAG